CGGAGCGCCACGGCCCAGCCCUGCUGGACUGGCUUUAAAGGACGGCGGUGGAGCACUGGGCCUCUACCUUCUCGUCCUCCCGCCGUUCAGUCCGCUACCCGGCUCGGUGACUUCUAGAGCAGGCGGAACCUUUGAAGGCCGGAACCAAAGUGCGGCACGCCGUGGGUGACCACUGGAGAGCUGUUUUGGUGGAGGAGGCUCGACGGGUGCAGUUUCCGGCGGGAAAGCGCGGCUUCGGGUCCCGUCAUGAACCGACAGAAUUUUCGACCUCCGACUCCUCCUUACCCCGGCCCGGGAGUAGGGAAUUGGGGCAGCGGGAGCGGCUUCCGGGGUACCCCGGGCGGAGGCGGACCGCGGCCUCCGUCCCCUCGGGACGGGUACGGGAGUCCGCACCACACGCCGCCGUACGGACCGCGAUCUCGGCCUUACGGGAGCGGCCACUCUCCGCGCCACGGCAGCGGCUUCUCGGGGGGCCGGUUCGGGUCCCCGUCUCCCGGCGGCUACCCCGGCUCCUUCUCCAAGUCCCCCGCGGGGUCGCAGCAGCCGUUCGGCUACUCCCCGGGGCAGCAGCAGACCCACCCCCAGGGUUCUCCAAGAACAUCUACACCAUUUGGAUCAGGGCGUGGUAGAGAAAAAAGAAUAUCUAAUGACUUGGAAAAUUAUUUCAAGCCUUCAAUGCUUGAAGACCCUUGGGCUGGCCUAGAACCCGUGUCUGUAGUGGAUAUAAGCCGCCAGUACAGCAAUACUCAAACAUUCACAGGCAAAAAAGGAAGAUACUUUUCUUAAUAUUUGUGAAACUCAUCUGGAAGUGUCAAGUGUCAGAAACAUCUGGGACGGAACUUUUACUUGUUUAAUUAAAUUGAACCCAAAGAUGAUGACGUUGAACAAUUAUAGAGCCACCUUGGUAUUUUUCAUCAUAGCAGGCAUUGUUGGUAUUAGAGCAGAAGAUAGGAUAUUUGCAGUAUUUGGCUCUCUGCAAGUGCCUACCACACUUUAGAAGAUUUACAGUUUCCAAAUACUUCAUAUUCCUGGCUAAAUGGUGGACAUUUGUCUCAAUGUUUUUUCCAAUGUUCUAAAAUAAAACAUUUUGUAUUUCUUACUGUAUUGUGGUUUUGUGAUUUCAAAAAAACUAAAUUAUUAAGUCAUGCUUAUAACCAUCUAGCCUUCACAGGUUAUGCUUAUAAACUAUCUUGAAAAUGAAAUAGAUAUGCCAUCUUUUGGGUUGUAGACAGCUCUGUAUUUGAUCACAGAGAAAGAGAGAACCACAGUUCUAUACAUAUUCAUCAUAACCACUGUGCUACAUACGUAGUUUAUGGACUGCUUUUGUAAAAAUGCAAACAGGUCAAAAUGUUGUGUGAAUGUUUACUUCCGUACCAUUGUCUCGGCAUGGUGGAGUGGUUCUCCCCUCAGGCUGGAGGAGAGAGGGGAGUCUGAAAUGACUUCACUGAAUGAAGACCAUCUUUCAAUUCCGUCAGUCCCCAGAGGAGACAGAUUGGCUGUGCCCUCCGUCAUGUUUCUGUGUUCUUAAACUAAACUAUGACCCAGGAAAUGAGACCUAGUUACUUUGAAUCAUAGACUCAUUCCUUUAAUGCGGUAGUGAUCUUUUCCACUUGAAGCAGAGAAAUAGUUAAUUUAGACGAUGCUGUGUGUGUGUAUCUACAGGAAUGGAGAUUUUUUUU